UACGGAAAUGUUCUCAUCUGCUAUUGUAUUCGCAAUUUUAGCAGCUGUAUCUGCAAGAAAUAACAAAGAUGUAAGCUUUGAAAACUGGAGUGGUUACAGGCCUGGUGACAGGAUCUUCUAUUUUCCCGGGGACAAUGGUAAAAUAUACAAAAUCGAUUCCUGGGAACCAAUCGAUAGAGAUGCAAUACGCAAUUACACUUGCUGUCCAGUCAAUAACGGGUAUUGGUUGUAUACAAGGUCGAAUGCAAAGGAAAAACAAAUUCUGAUAAUGGGGAAUAAAACGAGUGUAAAAAAAUCUAAUUUCGACCCGAACAAACCUACCGUCUUCACUUCACACGGAUGGUUAGGUGACGGUAACACCGAAAUGAAUAAACUUCUUACUAAAGUGUUCCUUAAAGACGCUGAUGUAAACGUCAUAGUCCUUGAUUGGAGUGGACUGGCCAAGAUGGGAUAUGUGACAGCAAAGGAGUCAGUCCCGAAGGUGGGCCGAAUGUACGGACAGUUCAUUUACUGGCUACAUCAAAACUUCCACAUGUCCUUGCAGAAUAUCCACCUAGUGGGUCACAGUCUGGGUGGCCACUUAGUUGGCAGCGCGGGGAGAGAGCUCAAAGGGGCAGCACAGAGAAUAACAGCCCUGGACCCAGCUGGCCCUCUAUGGUGUUGCGAUAAGCGCCGUCUAUCCAGAAGAGACGCACACUACGUCGAGGUCAUCCACACGAACGCCUACAUGGCCGGCUACCCCAAACCUUGCGGCCACUCCGACCACUACCCCAACGGAGGCUCGUUCAUGACCGGCUGUCAUGUUCUGGACUUGAUUUGUCAUCAUUCGAGAUCCUGGAAAUAUAUGGCGGCCAGCGUUGAGCAUAAUAAGUUUCUAGCUAAUAAAUGUGCUAAUGUUUGGGAAGCAUUUCACAAUCGAUGCUCUGGUUAUGGAGGGCUGAUGGGAAACAGCUUCAUCGCAAAGACACAAUUUGGACUUUAUAGAAUAAACACACUUGCAGAUUAUCCCUACAUCGAUAUAAAGUUUGCUAAUUUUUAUUCUCCAUUAUUAAAAUUGUAUUAGAGUAAAAA